GAUCUUUCCCUUCAACGAUGGCCGCCCAGAUCGUGAAAAGAGCUUCUUUAAACAGGAGCACCAUAAGUGAAUGGAUUAAAAGCUUGCUAACGGGUCUCAAUACUGGUCCUCGCCAAGGACCCUCUUUUCAAUCUGAAAACGUCAUAAAUGAUGUAGAUAAGCUUACUGCUGCCAAGCCCCUAAAAAGGCACUACAGCAGUGGUACAAGAACAUGUACCUUAAUUCCUGGAGAUGGCAUUGGCCCUGAAAUUUCCGCUGCUGUCCAGAAGAUUUUCCAGGCUGCCAAUGUACCCAUUGACUGGGAAGUUGUGGAUGUCACCCCAGUUCGAGGACCUGACGGGCUCUUCAACAUCCCCCAGGCUGCCAUUGAUUCAGUCAACAAGAACAAAAUUGGAUUGAAGGGUCCCCUGAUGACGCCUGUUGGCAAAGGCCAUCGUUCCCUCAAUCUUGCUUUGAGGAAAGAGUUCAACCUGUACGCCAAUGUGCGACCUUGCCGUUCUUUGGAGGGGUACCAGACUUUGUAUGACAAUGUGGAUGUUGUAACCAUCCGAGAAAAUACUGAGGGAGAAUACUCUGGCAUUGAGCACGAGAUUGUUGAUGGAGUUGUGCAAAGUAUCAAGCUUAUCACUGAGGAAGCGUCUCGCAGAGUUGCUGAAUAUGCAUUUACUUAUGCAAAGGACAAUGGACGUCAGAAGGUUACAGCUGUGCACAAAGCUAAUAUUAUGCGCAUGUCUGACGGUCUCUUCUUGCGUUGUUGCCGUGACGCUGCAGAGGCUCACCCUGACAUCAAAUUUGAAGAGAAGUACCUCGAUACCGUCUGCUUGAACAUGGUGCAGGACCCAAACAAAUAUGAUGUUCUGGUGAUGCCCAACCUGUACGGUGACAUCUUGUCAGACAUGUGUGCUGGUCUAGUUGGAGGAUUGGGAUUGACACCCUCUGGAAAUAUGGGUCUAAAUGGUGCUCUAUUCGAGUCUGUGCACGGCACAGCUCCAGAUAUAGCUGGAAAGGACUUAGCCAACCCAACUGCCCUAUUGUUGUCUGCUGUGAUGAUGUUGCGCCACAUGGAGCUCACCUCUCAUGCCGAUAAAAUUGAGCGAGCAGCCUUUGACACCAUCAAGGAAGGCCAAUACCGUACUGGUGACUUGGGUGGAAAGGCUAAAUGCUCAGAGUUUACCAAUGAAAUCUGCAAGAAAAUUGAAGCAUCAUCUUGAUCAAUUAGACUGUAAUUUUCACUCCCUUAAUCUUUUGUAGGAAUCAAUGAUUUAUGCCUUUGACCCAAGUUUAUGAUAUUUAUUCUGUGCAGUCAGGCUGUGAACAUCCUUGGAUGAAGGGAGAUCUAUUUGGUGAUCCCUUUUGCUUGUAACUAGUAAAUAUGAAAGAGUGUGAUGAGUACCCACACAAAUUGACUUCAAUAGUGGUGAACAGUAUUAUUUCGGAGGAAUUUUCUUGUCAUUUAAAACAUUGCACAUUCAGUAUUAAUUUUGCACUCUGCUCACAUCUUUGGUUGCAAAUGUGAAAGUUCCAGCCUUUAAGAUCACAUCUUUCAAAGCUUUCUGAUGAAUGAUUCACUUUGAAAUGUAACAUUAAUGAUGUAUUUAUGUUUGAAGAUAUGUUUUGUGCAUUUGUAUAAUAUCAGAUGUGGAAGAUUAAAGAACUCGCUAGGUACAUUAGUAUUACAGUGUUAUUUAGAAGACAAUAAUUGAGGCUAUACUGUACUUCUACAUGGAGACAUUUUUACCAUUUCUGCCAUGUAAAUGAAUUGUUACAUCUCAUCUUUUUAAUUUUAAUUUUGUGAAAAACUCCUAUUUUAGCUGUUUAGAUGCCAUGUUCCUUACUUGCAGUACCCAUUAAUAUUUUUUUAAAUGUUGUGUCCAAUUUUGUUUACUCUAACAAAAUUUGUUUUGCUUUAAAUUGCUUAUUUUUAAUGGUGUAACCAAUUUUUGCAUAGGGCAGGUUUUUUCCCUUUCAAAUGAAGAGUUGUUGAUUUGUGAACAACUUAAAUUAUUAUAUCAUUAUAAGCUCCAGUUGAGUACUGUGCCAACUUUGUUAUGUGGAAUUUUGGGAGUUUGUGUUCACAAAGACAAUAAUUCUUUCUUAUGGCUACUGUUUUCUAAGAUUAUAUUUGUAUUUGUUCCUGGAAUUUACCACCAUUACUAGUCAAUUUGUCUGGAAUUGUAUUGUGGAGAAUUUGUGUGGCUUGGCUGGAAGACCAUAACUUAUUUGUUGUUGAUGUUGAAAUAAAGGACAGAAAAGAAAA